AUGUCGAAGCUUUUCGGUAGCCAAAUAUUAACCGGUGCGUCGAGAUUAAGGAAAGAAUGGAUAAGACCACGUGAGGUUGUGACUGAUUUGAUGGGGGUCCCAUGGAUAACGCCACUUGAUAGUUCAAUGCAAGUAAACGAAGUUAAAUUCAUGGAGGUGGAGGAGGCCGAACUACUCCUGGCUACCUGCAUUACGCGUAUAUUGCCUCCAGCACUGACGCUAGAAUCGGGACUCGAAAAGAUUAGAGAUUCGGUUGAGGAAUUGAAUUCGAAACCUCGUGCUAAAGCUGGAAUGUACAGAUAUCAGAUUGCUGUAUCCCCUGGUUCAAGAGCAUUGAGUUUGUUUUGCAGUCAAGAUCCAUCACUAGGAGUAUUUCCUCAGUUUUUUGUUUCUACAGAGUUUGAGAAGCCAACCAAUAAGUUUCUCUCAUUCACUACAAGUCAUGGAGUCUUUGGAAUUGGUGUUGCGGUUUUCAUCAAGACUCCUUUUUCCUCUACCUCAAUAGAGAACAUUUCUUUCAGAAGAUAUCAGUCCCUUGAUUCAACACAUCUGAAGGCUUAUGGUUUAUUUGGCCACAAUUCUGUAAAGUAUGAGAACAUAUCACCCUACAUGUUCAUUCCCCAAGUAAUCCACAUAACCAUACUUUUAAAUUAA